AUGAGAGACUCUAAUCAUCGAUCAUUGACGUCGAAUAAGCCGAUAGUAACAAUAACAUCUACCGUUUAUGACCGAAGAGCAUUGGAUAUCAACUCUAGCAUUCCAUUAAUAAACUCAUUAAACUACUUAACAUAUCUAACCUCAAAUUCAUCAAAAGUUAGAGAAACGGUGGCCAACGAUGGUGCCCUGGAACGAUUGGUCUCAAUAUUGAGAAGUUGUCAUUUGAGUUUAUUUGAGUUGUUGGAUUUGGAUUUAGAAGUCUUCAGUGAGCACGAAAACAUUAAGAAUUUAUGGAAAGAAAAAAGACUGGCACUAUGUGCUUGGAAAUGGACUUUAACGUUCCAGUGUUUAGUAUUAACAGGCACUAGAGGAACGGAACAAAUUCGGAAAAAAGUGGUAAUGUCUGGCGUCUUAUCUGUGCUGGUCACAGUAUUGGAUAACUAUUUACUAUAUCACAGAAAUUAUGAUUUCAUCAAAGACCAAACUAUGACUUUUGAUUUUAAAGGAAUAACCACGGAAACAAUGUAUAAAUUCAUGAGAAAAGAUGAAAAUGAAACAUAUCAACAGUAUAUAGAGUUCAUUACAGGUCAGGAUAAAUUGAAAUUGUCAAAUGAUAAAGACUUUCUAAACGAACGAUUAGUGGCACCAUCUAUGACAAUUCCAACUGAUUUUAGCGAUAUAUGGCUCCGGUUUGCAGACCUAGCUAGCAAUUUUAGUCCUGAUCGCGAAAAACAUGACAGUGAUAUUGAUAUUGGUAGUGAAACAGAAAGUAAAAAUUUUGAUGCAUAUAAGAAUUUCUUCUCACAACCGGACGUUAAUAGACCUACAAUUUCCACUCCACGUGAAUUUUUUCUCGGAAGGAUUGUCCCAAAACAAGACGACGUUAUCUGGUCGCUUCAGUUAUUAGCUUUUGUUUCUAAGUAUACGUAUAUGAAAUCAACCCUCCAAAAUGUUGAGCUGGUUGAAUCUCUAUCAUUUAGAAGUAUGGCUACCAAAAUUAAACAGAGAAUCUCAGAAGAGAACGAUUUAGAAGAACAAGAGAGAAACGUAACCGUUAAGUUUUCUUCAUUAUACCCUUAUUUAUCAAAAAAUUCUGAAAAAAAUCUUAGAGACAAGGCACCAGAUACUAGUAAGAUGGAUCCAUUUUUUAAAGAAUUGGAAGAACUUUCAUACAGAUGUCAACAAGAACAAAAUGAAAUAUCUAAUAAUCACUGUCCGGUUCUUAAUUUGUUUGAGCGCUAUCGGGUACCGAAACCUAGCGACAACAAUGCCUAUGGUAAGGAUAAGGAAAGAAUUAAUUUGAGAAAGAAAAUAUCUGAUAACUUUGAAAGGUGCUGGAGCUACGAAAAGAUGAACAAAGGAUUAACAAAUAGCGUCUGCAAAAACAAGGUACCAUCAAAUGUUGUAAACAUCUUUCCUUUAGUCGAGAAAUAUACUGUGAGUACAGAAAAUACACAUGACAUCAUAUACUGGAGUUCUGUCAUUAUGAGGAAUUCCUGCCGAAAAAAUGAAAUUUUAGGUGUACGUCAAUGUGCCAAUUUUUCAUGCGGAAAAUGGGAAGAUUUUCCCAGACAAUUUGCAAAAUGUCGUCGAUGUAAAAGGACAAAGUAUUGCUCAAGAAAGUGUCAAUUAAAAGCAUGGGGCUAUCAUAGGUAUUGGUGUCACGAAGUUGGGUCAAGUCAUAUGAGAUCCACGAAUACCACCACAGGCGUCAAUACCCCAAAUGAGCCGAGUUCCUUAAACACCACUGCUACUACUGCAGCUGAUGUUUCGAAUUCUACCAGUACUUUCACGCCUAAUAUAUCCACCACCGUACCUGAUGAAAUAAGCAAUACGGAUGAAAAUAGCAUACCUGAGUAA